AUGGUAAAAAUUGGCCAAAUUUCUGCUAAAUCAUCAAAUUCAACGACUUUUAAGUUUGUCACAAAUCCAAAAAUCACAAAAAAGAAUUGAGUGCAGCUUCUUGAAAUAAGUCGGUUUGACUCGUGAUCAAAAAUUUUAUGAUAUGCUAAGUAUGUGCCUGAUAAAGUGAUUAAAACUAGGGGAAUCAUGCCUAAAAGGCAAGCUUGGAAGACUAGCAGGAGAUCCAUUUUUACUUUAAACGCCGGCCAUCUCUAG